UACCAUACCAAAGAAAACAAAGACAGAAUUCAUCUGUAGCAAGAGAUUCAAAGGCAGCACACACAGCUUAAUCCCUUUGACCAGAGUUGCUGACACUGAACAACCCUUUAAAACUGUCCCUUUUCUGACUCGUGCUGUAGGAACACCAUCGUGUCUACAGCAGUAAAGGUACUGCUGUUUUUACAAACAGGUUCCAGAACGUUACACAUGGUUGCUGCAAGCCGAAGGAAAAAAAGCUUUAUUACUGACGUGACUGAGGAUUUGGUAGGUAACUGGUCCCACCUGGAGUCUGUUGCAUCAUGAAUGAAAGCGACCCCGAACUAUCGGCGAUGGCACAAGAGCUUUGGGACAAUGAUAUGAACCGGCUGCAGCCUGGCAAGGACUACCGAAUUUCUCUGCAGGAAAAGGCGGGUAUCACGCAGUCCAAUGAUGAUGGAAAUGAUGGGGCUACUUCACCAUUGUUCACAUUUGUGGAUGAAAACAUUUUUAAAAAGGAAACCUUCCUUGCCUUCAUCUCUCUCCUUGACAACUAUGAAAGUGAUACAGGCGAGCCUGAGGUCGUGACCCCAGAAGAGGAAGCUGAAAACCACAGGUUCCUCAACUCGGUCAUGAACACUCCCACCAUGAAGAUCGCCCACAAAUAUCUCGUGGAAAAGCAACUAUCUCCUGAGGACACUGAAAAAUUCAAAAAGCAGCUCUACCGCAUCUGGUUUGAGCUAUAUGCCAGAAGAGGAUCUACCAGGCCGGACUCGUCAGGCUUUGAACAUGUGUUUGUGGGAGAGACGCGAGGAGGCCGUACUGUCAUCGGCUUCCACAACUGGAUCCAGUUAUAUCUGCAGGAAAAGCUGGGACACGUUGACUACAGGGGUUACAGUCUGGAUGCAAAUUCACCUCAACCUGAUGAGGAGAAGCAUAUUCUGGCCCUCCAGUUCAGCUGGAAGAAUGGGAUCAAGCCCAAAGGCAGUAUCUUCAUUGGAGUCAGUCCUGAGUUCGAGUUUGCUCUCUACACCCUCUGUUUUUUGACUUCCCCUAAUGAAAGAGUUAAAGUGUCUUUCAGCAUCUAUGAAGUAGAGAUUGUCUGCCACCACUACAACCAGAAGCACAUAGGGACCACCUAUCCCAUUCUCAUAAAGUACCUAAGAAACUGACCUUGUUUUCCACCAACUUGCAAAGCUUUCAGUGACUGUCAGCAGUAUUGUUUUUAUCCUUUCCAUUCCACAAUAAAAGGCACAAUUC